AUGGAAGAGCAGCAGAAACAGCAGCAGCGCCCAGAUGCUGGUUGUCUUCAUCCUAAGACGCAAACCAUUUGUUUGUCUGAGCUCAGGCUUCAUCUCCCUUCUCAGAUAAGGGAAACUUAUAGACGCAAGGCUCAUGUGUAUGUUUUCCUUUUUUCUGUGUUCAGAUUGUUGAAGCAAGGGAUGCACUUCUACAGAAACUCUAAGAGAAGAGAAACUGUCAGGUGGAAGAACAUGUCUGCCUCCCGUGAAGGUGAAGGACAAACUAUCACUCCAAAUAGCCAAACACUAACUCCAUCUUCAACAUCUAAUACUGAAGUGAGUUCAAGAAAAAGGAAGGCCAUACAGCCAAGGUCUAAAGUUUGGGAGCAUUUUCAUAAAUAUGUUAAUGAGCAUGGAGAAACCAAAGGUAAGUGCAAUUAUUGUGAAAGGGAGUUUUUCUGUGAUCCAAAAAGGAAUGGGACUACUGCACUUAAAAAUCAUAUGGGUGUGUGUAAGAAACGGCCUCCUCCUGAAGAAGGCAUACAAACCCACUUAAAUUUUGGUAUAGAUGAUAAUGCUUCUAUUCUUGCUAACUGGAAAUUUGAUCAAGAAGCAAUUAGGAAAUCUUUGGCAAACAUGGUUAUAACUGAUGAACUUUCUUUCAAAUUUAUUGAUGGAUUUGGGUUUAAACGCUUUAUGGCUGCUGCUCAACCAAGAUUUAAGGUUCCUUCUAGAUGGACAGUGGCUCGUGAUUGUUUUAAAAUUUACAUGGAUGAGAAAAUUAGAUUCAAAGACCACUUGAUUAGAAACAAACAAAGGGUUUGUCUAACAACUGACACUUGGACUUCUAUUCAAAGAAUCAAUUACAUGUGUAUUACUGCUCAUUUUAUUGAUGCUGACUGGAAUUUGACUAAGAGGAUUUUGAAUUUUGUUCCAAUAUCUAGUCACAAGGGGAGGGAUAUUGGAAUAGAAAUUGAGAAGUGUUUGCUUGAAUGGGGAAUUGAUAGAGUAUUUACUAUUACGGUAGACAAUGUUGCUUCUAAUGAUGUUGCUUUAUUGUACUUGAAAGAAAAAAUUUCUAAUUGGGGCUUUUCUAUCAUGAAGUGUCAGUUUUUACACAUGAGAUGUGUUGCUCACAUUGUAAAUUUGAUUGUUGUUGAUGGGUUGAGAUUAAUAGGGAGUUCUGUGAAGAGAGUUAGGGAGGCUGUUCAGUUUGUUAGGCAAUCUGCCCUUAGGAUGAAAAAGUUUAAAGAGAGUUGUGAGGAUGAGAAGAUUCAAAGUAAGAGCCUUUUGACUCUAGACGUCUCUACUAGGUGGAACUCUACUUAUUUAAUGUUGGAGAAUGCUCAAAAAUUUGAGGCAGCUUUUAAGAGGUUUGAGGACAAAGACCCUUACUUUCGCAUUGAUCUUGAACAAAGGGAGGGGAUGCCUGAUGCUGCUGAUUGGAGGAAUGUUAGAAGGAUGGUGAUGUUUUUGAGUCAUUUUUAUGAGAUGACCUUGUGUGUGUCUGGUGCUUUUUAUGUUACAUCCAAUAGCUUGUUUUAUGAGAUUUACAUGAUAUAUCGCCUUUUGGAUGAAUGGACAAAGUAUCCUCGAUAUAAGUUGGAAUGGGUUCAAUUUGCUCUUUGUAAAAUGUUUAAUGAUGAAGGUGAAAAUUUGGCAAAGCAAGUGAAGGAUGUUUUCAUUGCUUUAUAUCAUGAAUACAAAGAACAUGUCUCUCCCUCUAAGCAAUCUGAAAAGGAGCAGCUUAUGGAUGAAAUCCAAGCUGAUUUUGGUGAUGAGGAUGACCCUACUAUGAAGGUUAGAAAGUUGCUUGAAUCAGAAAAGAGAAAAUUUUUAAGUGACCCUCUUGGUGGAAAAAAUAAUAGGACUGAAGUUGAUAAAUAUUUGAAUGAGAAAAUUGAAAUAGAUAGACCUAACUUUGAUAUCUUGGGCUGGUGGAAAUUGAAUGGUCUUAGAUUUCCCAUUCUUUCAAGGUUGGCAAGUGAUGUUUUGACAAUACUAAUAUCCACAGUUGCUUCAGAAGCUACAUUCAGCACUGGAGGACGUGUUUUGGAUGCAUUUAGGAGUUCUUUAACUCCUAAAGUUGUGCAAGCCCUUAUUUGUGCUGAAGAUUGGCUUCGUCACUCCAUUCCUGUGCUUGUGGAAGAGAAAUUAGAUGAUAUUCAAAGGAUUGAAAGUGUGCCUGGUGGACUGUUGGUUCUUGUUGCUGUUUUCUUCUAG